ACACACGGUCCCAGAAGAACAAGCGAACAACUUGACUUUAUGAGAGGCUAGGCUAGGCUUCAUUACCUCUCGUUGUUUUGUGUUUUUGAUUUAUAGGAGAGAGAGAAUGAGUGAAGUGGCACCGUUUGCGGUGAUGCUCAUAAUGGAGGGUUGCACCAUAGCAUUGACGAUAUUGGCCAAAACAGCCUUAACGGCUGGGAUCAGCCCUUUUGUUUUUGUGGUGUAUACCAAUGCUGUUGGCUCCAUUCUCCUACUCCCUUUUUCCUUCCUUUAUCAUCGUGGGGAAAGAAUAGAACAAUCGCUCUUCACCUUCCCACUCCUCUUUCGUAUUUUUUUCAUGGGUUUGACAGGGGUUGCAAUCUCUCAGAACCUUGCAUUUCUCGGGUUAAGCUACAGUUCACCAAUCGUUGUAUGCGCAAUGGGCCUCUUGAUGCCUACCAUUUCCUUCUUGCUUUCCAUCAUUCUCAGGACGGCAAGGCUGGAUUGGAGAAGCACAAGCAGCCAAGCCAAAAUGAUUGGAACUUUUAUAUCAAUCGCAGGUGCAAUUUUUGUAGAACUAUACAAAGGCCCGUUUACACGACCAUCACCUGUUUCACUUGACCACCACCUUCAAGUUAUACCAAAACUUUUUGUUUUCUACUCGACGCCAGAUCGUUGGGUUCUUGGGGGUAUUUUGCUUGCGGCUGCUACCUUGUCGAUUUCAGUAUGGAAUAUUGUUCAGAUGGGAACCGUCAAACAAUAUCCACAAGUGAUGAAAGUGGCCUCGUCUUAUAGCUUAGUUGGGACUAUCCAGUGCCUGGUUUUUUCUUUGAUCAUGGAAGGAGAUCUAGAUGCAUGGAAACUGAAACGCAAGCGGGAUCUCCUACUCAUUAUUGUGACAGGAGUAUUUGGGAGUAUUAUCCGUAGCAACGUUCAUAUAGCAUGUACGAGAAUGAAAGGCCCUUUUUAUGUGCCUAUGUUCAAGCCCUUUGGGGUAGUCUUUGCAACAGUUCUUGGAACCUGUUUCUUUACAAACAGUCUUCAUUAUGGAAGUGUGAUGGGUACAAUAAUAGUAGGAACGGGAUAUUAUGCUGUGAUGUGGGGACAAAUCAGGGAAGAGGAACUUCGUAAAGAGCGUGAAGUUGAAAAAGUGGGUGAUAUUUCAGACCUCAAGGCCCCUCUGUUGCAGGAAAACGAAGAUGCCCAAGUCUAGAGCCAGGCCAAGCAACCUCUACAACUAUUAUUGAAUUAAAAAAUCAAGUGAAAGUGUCCCUUUUUUUCUGUAAAAAAAAAAAAGAAGGAUUCAACAGCAAGAGGCCCGACCUGUCAAACCAGAAGGUGCUGUGAUUUUGCAGAAGCCCCUUCUAUUACAUGUAUAUACAUUUGAUAGGAUGGCCUUUCACUGUAAAAUGUAAAUCUACUUGCUGUGUUCCCCCUACUUGUUGGAGGUUUGAGGACAGAUUCUUAAGUUUUAAAUGACUCUGUCAUAUGUGGUUUCUGUGUGAAUAAAAAACUGUGAAAAAAAUGAAAAAAAUUGUAUAUGUUGUAUUUAUGUAUUGGAGUGUUUAAAACAGCUAUGGUGUUUGUUUGAA